AUGAAUUCUUCGCAAUUAUCUUCAUAUACAUCUCAAUGGCGUUCAAGUAUAUCUACUCAAACUGAAACUAUAUCACUUUUAAAAUCAUUUGAUGAUUCUCAACUUUCCUAUUCAUCAUUAAAUGGUGCAAUACCUUUAGUUCAUACAACUGAUAAUAGUUCUAGUUUACUAUCAAAACCAACAUGUAUUCCACAAGUCGAUGGAUCAAUCGAUGAUGAUGAUGAUAAUGAUGAUUUUCAUAUAUCUUCUAUAGUAGUAAAAUCUUUAAUUGAACAGAUUAUUGAUAAAACAAAUUCUGAACGUUCUCGUACAAACAGUGAAUAUUCAAUAGAUUUAUCAGAUUAUGUUAAUUCUCCAUCAUUAAUUGAUUUGAUUCCAAUAUCACCUACAAAUCGUAAUAAUAAAAUACAAAGUUCAGAAAAGAAAAAAUCCAUAUCAACAUACGAUCUUAUUCAAUUAUAUAAACAAUGGUCAAAAACAAAUUUUUCUCGUGUAAAAUUUACAAUAACAAAUGAUGAAGGAUAUAAAAUUAUAUCCGAUGAUUUAGAUUCAGCAUGGUCAACAAUUAUUAAUUUAAUACGUAAUUGUCGUGAUGAUAUGAAUUUACAACAUUUACCUAUGACAAAUGAAGAAUUAAAUGGACAUAAAAUAUUUGGUUUAACAAAACCAAUUAUUCAAAUAAUGCUUAAUCAAAUGUAUACAAAUCAACAACAACAAAUUGGAACAAUUAUAUUACCAUUAUCAUCAUCAACAUCAUCUUUGUUAAAUAAUACUACUAAUAAUAAUUCUACAUGUUCAAUAGAAAAUUUUAAUAAAAAAAAGUUUUUAUCAUCAUGUUCAAGAUCAAAUAUAUAUGACAGAAAAACUCGUGAACGUCAAAGAUUUGGUUGGUUAUUAAAUCAAAGUAGAAAAAUUGAAUAUGCACUUAAAUCAUUUGAAAUUGAUAAUGCACUUGUAUAUGCAAGGCGAAUUAUUCUUGACGAGGCUUCUGUUAGUUUGCGUCUAUAUCAUUUACAUUAUUUUUCUGAACGUGCUUUACUUGUUGGUUCAUCACCUAUACAUGGUUGUGGUUUAUUUACAUUAGUUGAUUUAAUUGAAGGACAAAUGAUUAUUGAAUAUACAGGUGAAGUUGUUCGACCAUGUCUUACUGAUAAACGUGAACGUGAAAAUGAAGGAAAAGGUUUUGGUUGUUAUAUGUUUACGGUUGAUUCAAUGAAUGUUAUUGAUGCUACGCAUCGUGGAAAUAAAGCUAGAUUUAUCAAUCAUAAUUGUGAGCCAAAUUGUUUUGCUAAAACAGUUUUAUCAGGUGGUAUUAAGCAUAUUGUUAUUUAUGCAUUAAUGGAUAUAUCUCGUGGAUCAGAAUUAACAUAUGAUUAUUCUUUUCCGGAAGAAGAUAUUAAAAUUCCUUGUCAUUGUGGUACAAGCAAAUGUCGAAUUUAUUUAAACUGA